AUGGCCGCGCCGGUAUUGCCGUCGGGAUUGCUGGACAUAGCAGGCCUGAUCAAGGCAGUUUGUGAGAACAAGACUGAUGGCGCAGUUGUGAUGGCGUUGCGGGCGCGCGUGCACUUUCUCGCGAGGAUGCAGGAGCACGCAGCCGGCGAGCCCCAAGCCCUUAAGCGAGUGAGCGAGGAAAUGCUAUUGGGUCGGGUGGGAGGGUUCGAACUAUCGAUCCCUGCGCGUGAGCAAGAGGGGUGA